AUGGAUUUAGUCAGCCGGGAGGAAGCCUUAACAUCUGUCUACUUCGAUUUGUUCCGAGCAGGACAGUUUUACGAUAUAUUUUGGUCAGGCGGCCAAUUUCCUUUGUGGGACUGGGGCACAUUAGGGGAGUACAGUAACCGCAGAUUCGGCCCUAAGCCCCCUGCAGUGGUACUAGCCGGCGGGUCACAACAGUCACUGGUCAUUGUCGCCGAGGAAAGCGAUAUAGAAGAUGUGGGCCCAUUGCCACCUUCGCCCGGACCUAUUUUAGCAUUUGCUAGAAUGAGCUGCGCCCCAUAUUUUAGCCUUAGCAUUUCCGGACCUGCUACGAAAUCGAUGAAAGAUCGCACUCCAGUGGGUAGACUUCGUUAUCCUGUCACAGCCACACUCUCGUAUGAUACAGCCCCGGUUGCCUUUGACAGAAAACCGGUUACAUUUCAUACGUUCAAGUUCAAAGAUAUUGAUCGCCGCCAAGACGGGUUUUGGCUCUACUUUGGAGAGAAAGACAAGGAUGACUGGAGUCCACAUGAACUUAGGGACCUGUUUACGCUCCACGAGUACAGAUUUUCGACUACCACUCCGGUAAAAUUUAGCCGUAACGACCAGAAUGAUGUCGUGGCCCUGAUGCCUGGAGAUUCGUGGUCAUUUACGCGGGAGGUGAGUGACUUCUCGCAAAAUAUAGCCCCCGGUGAUAAGGUUCGAUACGGGUUCAAGGGAGCUUCAAUUGACUGGUGGGAUUGA